AUGGAUGUAUUCAAGAAGAAGCUUAAAGAACUCGUUUACUCUUUUAGUACUGAUGAUCAUUACGCAGAGUAUAAUGAAAACGAGAUCAAAGACUUCCAUAUGGGUCAACGUCUAAAUAACAGAUCUAACCCUGAUGUUAACCAUGAUGAAGAAAUGAAUAUUGGUAUGGACGAGUAUAAUGAUGCACGUAAUAAUGAAUUUGAAUCUUCUAAUAGUUACAACAAUGAAGGUGUCUCUGAAGCUUUGUUGGCUUGGAGACAUAUAGAUUCCUGGUCAGAUGACCACAAUCCAGAUUUAAGUGCUACGUUAAGUGAGCCAUGCACUAAAAAUGACAUUACACAUGCAGAGGAAGAUUUAGAAAUUUCAUUCCCUGCCUCAGUUAAAGCAUCCCUAAGAAUCCAUGAUGGUCAGGAAGAUUUGGAAUCUAUGACCGGUACUUCCGGUCUUAUCUACGGUUUGCAACUAAUGACAUUAGAUCAAAUUGUAUCAAUGACUCAAGCUUGGAGGAACGUUGCCAAAAAUCUAAAUAGACGCAACAAUAACCUCUCUACGAUGUCCUCAAAUAAUUCGUCAGCUGCUGCUAUGACCGAAUCACAAACUAAGAGUCAAUUCAAAUUACCUUACAUUCCAACUCAAUCCUCAAUUCCUCCUGAAACUAUUUUGCCAGUAUAUGCUCAUCCCGCAUGGAUUCCUUUAGUUACCGACCAUGCUGGUAACCAUAUCGGUGUAGACUUGUCACCAGGUCCAAAUGGUAAAUAUGGACAAGUUAUUAUAUUCGGUAGAGACUUCGACACAAAAUAUGCUAUCAAUUCAAACUGGGGUGAAUUCCUUCUAUCUUUUGCUAACGAUUUAGAAGCAGGUAAUUGGUUCUUAAUUAAUGACUCUGAUGAUUAUUACUCUGGUGAAGGUGAAUUGGUUUUCAGAGAUAAAAAGAGUAAUGGUGUAGUUCAAGACUACUUGGAAGUAUUGAAACAAAGAUGUUGGACCAAGUACCAAGAACAAAAUUUGAAUAAUAAUAGCAAUGUUGAGCCUAACACCGAAAUAGAGUCUACGAAGUUCCAAAGUCCCGUUAAACCACAUGUAAUAAUAAAUAAAGAAGAAGAAGAAGAAGAAGAACACAAUGUCGCUGAUGUCUCUAUGGCGGAGUCUAAGGUUGAUAAUGAAGAAGAUAUUGAGGCUAUCAUUACAGAUGAUGAAGAUGAACAUGAUGAAAUUGCUAAGAUUCAAAGCGAAAAUACAGAAAUACUUGGAAAACAAGACAGUACAACUGAGCUACGGGGCGCUGGAGAGGAAAUUCAAACUGAAGAAUCAGCAAUUGCGCUCACAGAAAAUAAAGAUAAGGACACUGAAUCUCCUAACGAAGAUGAAAUCGUUGAACAAUCUAGAGAAGGGGAGGUAAAAGAAGAAGAUGUUCAAGUUGAAGAACACAAGCAAGAAGAUGUUCAAGUUGAAGAACCAUGGGAAGAAGAAGCUCCCGCUGAAGAACAAAAGGAAGAAGAAGCUCCCGUUGAAGAAUCAAAUGAACAAAAGUCUGUUGAAGAGCAAGACAACGAAAAAGCAACUAAUGAACAAGAUACCAAAAAAGAAGAAGAGGAAGAAAACAGCUCAAUCUCCAAGCCAGAAGAAGACUCGGCUGAAAAGCAAUCCAAUACUUCAGUAGAAAAUCUGAAAGAAGAAUUUGAGUCAGUUGCAUUAUAA